GGGCGGGUCCAUGGGUGGUGCUGUCGGUGGGAACCUCGUGGAGGCCGAGGUGAGUCCUGGGGGCCCUCGGCCAUUGUCGGGAGCGAUUCCUCGUGCUGUGGCGCUGGGGGCGAGGAGUUGGCUGAGGCCUUCGUGCUGUGGGCAACUCGGAGGCAGAGAUUACCUCACCUGCGGGUUCAGACAUUGUAACAUGGGACUCACCAAACAGUACCUACGCUAUGUAGCUAGUGCUGUCUUUGGCUUGAUUGGUAGUCAAAAAGGCAACAUUGUUUUUGUGACACUUCGUGGUGAGAAAGGCCGCUACGUAGCAGUGCCCGCCUGUGAACAUGUUUUCAUCUGGGACUUAAGGAAAGGUGAGAAGAUCCUUAUCCUUCAGGGGCUUAAACAAGAAGUCACUUGCUUGUGUCCCUCCCCAGAUGGGCUGCAUUUAGCUGUUGGUUAUGAGGAUGGGUCUAUCCGAAUCUUUAGCCUCCUCAGUGGAGAGGGAAACAUAACCUUCAAUGGACACAAAGUAGCUGUCACCAGCUUGAAGUAUGAUCAGCUGGGAGGCAGACUGGCUUCUGGCUCCAAGGAUACUGAUGUUAUUGUUUGGGAUGUGAUCAAUGAAAGUGGCCUCUACCGUUUAAAGGGGCACAAGGAUGCUGUCACACAAGCACUGUUCCUACGAGAAAAGAAUCUUCUAGUUACAAGUGGGAAGGAUACUAUGGUAAAAUGGUGGGAUCUUGAUAACCAGCACUGCUUCAAAACAAUGGUUGGCCACCGAACUGAGGUGUGGGGCUUGGUUCUGGUAUCAGAAGAAAAGCGACUAAUCACUGGGGCUGCAGACAGUGAACUGAGGGCGUGGGACCUAACCUAUCUACAAGAGAUUGAUGACCUAGAAGAACCAGACCCCAAGAAAAUCAAAGUAUCUCCUGGAAUACAGGACACACCUGAAGCAGAGGAUGGCAGCCUUGAGGUGGAUGAAACACCAGAGGAUCGCAUCCUUUCAUGCAGAAAAGCUGGUUCCAUAAUGCGGGAAGGAAGGGACAGAGUUGUGAACCUUGCCAUGGACAAGACGGGCAGGAUUCUUGCUUGCCACGGACCUGAUUCUGUGUUAGAAAUAUUUUGUAUCCUUUCCAAAGAGGAAGUUCAGAAGAAAAUGGAUAAGAAGCUGAAGAAAGCUAGAAAGAAAGCAAAAUUAAAUUCUUCCAAAGAGGAGGAAGACCUUGAAGUUAGUGUUGCAAUGUCUCUACAAGAUGAAAUCCAACGGGUGGCUAAUAUCAAAACUUCUGCCAAGAUCAAAUCCUUUGACCUGAUUUAUUCACCCCAUGGAGAGUUAAAGGUGGUCUUUCUGCUGCAGAACAACCUGGUGGAAUUAUAUUCACUCAAUGCAUCCUUGCACACCCCUCAGCCUGUGAGGAUUAGCAGGAUCACCCUUGGAGGCCAUCGCAGUGAUGUGCGGACUUUGUCCUUCAGCUCAGAUAAUAUUGCUGUGCUCUCAGCAGCAGCGGAUUCCAUAAAGAUAUGGAACAGGUCUACCCUGCAGUGUAUUCGCACGAUGACCUGUGAAUAUGCACUCUGUUCCUUCUUCGUUCCUGGUGAUAGGCAGGUGGUCAUAGGAACAAAGACAGGAAAACUACAACUUUAUGACUUGGCCUCAGGAAAUUUGCUGGAGACGAUAGAUGCCCAUGAUGGAGCUUUGUGGUCCAUGUCUCUUUCUCCAGAUCAGCGAGGCUUUGUGACAGGUGGUGCUGAUAAAUCUGUCAAGUUCUGGGAUUUUGAAUUGGUGAAAGAUAAGAAUAGUGCCCAGAAGAGACUUUCUGUGAAGCAGACCCGAACCUUACAACUAGAUGAGGAUGUCCUGUGUGUCAGUUACUCUCCCAAUCAAAAGCUGUUGGCUGUGUCUUUGCUGGACUGCACUGUGAAAAUUUUCUAUGUCGACACUUUAAAGUUUUUUCUCUCACUGUAUGGACACAAACUACCUGUUAUAUGUAUGGACAUCUCACAUGAUGGCGCACUGAUAGCAACUGGCUCUGCUGAUAGAAAUGUGAAAAUCUGGGGAUUGGACUUUGGGGACUGCCACAAGUCUCUCUUUGCACAUGAUGACAGUGUGAUGUACCUACGGUUUGUUCCUAAGUCUCACCUCUUCUUUACUGCUGGGAAGGACCGUAAGAUCAAGCAGUGGGAUGCAGACAGAUUUGAGCACAUACAAACCCUUGAGGGGCACCACCAGGAAGUAUGGUGUUUGGCCAUCAGCCCCAGCGGAGACUACAUUGUAUCAUCAUCCCAUGACAAAUCCCUCAGACUCUGGGAGAGAACGAGGGAGCCUCUUAUUCUGGAGGAAGAAAGGGAGAUGCAAAGGGAAGCUGAGUAUGAGGAGAGUGUGGCUAAAGAAGACCAACCUACAGUUCCAGGGGAGACUCAAGGUGACAGUUACUUCACUGGAAAGAAAACCAUUGAAACAGUCAAAGCAGCAGAGAGGAUCAUGGAGGCCAUUGAGCUCUACCGAGAGGAAACUGCAAAAAUGAAAGAGCACAGAGCCAUUUGUAAAGCUGCAGGGAAAGAGGUCCUUCUUCCCAUCAACCCCAUCCUGAUGGCUUAUGGCAAUAUUUCACCUUCAGCUUAUGUGUUAGAAAUUUUUAAAGGGAUCAAGUCAAGUGAACUGGAAGAGUCUCUGCUUGUGCUGCCUUUCUCUUACAUCCCGGACAUCCUUACGCUCUUCAGUGAAUUCAUCCAGAGGGGCUCUGAUGUUGAGCUGCUGUGUCGGUGCCUCUUUUUUCUCCUCAGGAUUCACUUUGGCCAGAUCACCAGCAACCAGAUGCUUGUGCCAGUAAUAGAAAAAUUAAAGGAAACAACUAUUUCAAAAGUCAGACAAGUCCAAGAUGUGAUUGGCUUCAACAUGGCAGGUCUCAAUUAUCUCAAGAGGGAAUGCGAAGCAAAAAGUGAAGUUAUGUUCUUUGCUGAUGCUACCAGCCAGUUGGAAGAGAAGAGGAGGAAGCGGAAAAACAGGAAGAAGAUGAUUCUGACAUUGACGUAGAACCCAACUUUCCCUCCUUCUUAAGUGAACUUGUAAACUAAGGUGCAGUGGAGUUGGCAUCAGCUUAAAAAUGAGAAAGGAAGUCAUGUAGAAGAGCCUGGAAGAGCUCUGAGCUUUGGCUGAAGAUAUCCAACAUGGUCUGUGAUCUGGUUCGAUCUCCUGGACUUGACCGCAUGAUUAGUUUAAGAACCUUUGUACACUCUUUAGGGUUGGGCCCUGUGGUAGUUGUUCCCUUUACAUUCUAUCAAGGAGCAAAGAAAAAAAAAUUUUAUUAGGUAUUUGGUUCAUUAGAGUUGAAAUCACCAUUUGAAGGCUUUUUAUAUUUAUGACAGGUGGUAGGUAUUUUUGUGUGUGUGUGUGUUAGAUUUUACCUUUUUCUUUUUUAAAGAUAAUCAUGUGUGUAACUGAGUGUCCUAUGCCUGUAAAUGAAGUAUCAUGGACUUUUGGAGCUAAAAAGGAUUAUGAAAUAUCUAGAGCAGUCUCUUUAACCCUCCUGCAGGUUGUUAGAUCUGUAUAUAAGAUCUUAAUUGCUGUUUGUACUUUUUGGAAUAACAUGGCGCUUUCUUAUUAAAGAACACUUAAGAUGUC